AUGCAUUUGGCACUGGACACCACUCAGCUUCUCACGGGGCCUUCGUGUGACCUUGGGCAAGCCCCUGCCCUCCCAGCCUCCAGAGGUGAGUGUCCCAGCCCCGGGCGCGGCGGCGCCGCCAAGCGGAAGAAGAAGCAGCGGCGGAACCGCACCACGUUCAACAGCAGCCAGCUGCAGGCGCUGGAGCGCGUGUUCGAGCGGACGCACUACCCCGACGCCUUCGUGCGCGAGGAGCUGGCCCGGCGCGUCAACCUCAGCGAGGCGCGCGUCCAGGUCUGGUUUCAGAACCGCCGAGCCAAGUUCCGCCGGAACGAGAGGGCCAUGCUGGCCAACCGCUCCGCCUCGCUGCUCAAGUCCUACAGCCAGGAGGCCGCCAUCGAGCAGCCCGUGGCUCCCCGGCCCACCGCCCUGAGCCCCGACUAUCUCUCCUGGACAACCUCGUCCCCCUACAGCACGGUGCCACCCUACAGCCCUGGAGGCUCAAGCCCCGCGACCCCGGGGGUCAAUAUGGCCAACAGCAUCGCCAGCCUCCGUCUCAAGGCCAAGGAGUUCAGCCUGCACCACAGCCAGGUGCCCACGGUGAACUGACGGCCAGCCCCACCAGGACCCAGCUGCCUCCCUGGUCUACAGCGGCAGAAAAGAGGGCAGACACACAGGAAAGCAACCUCCUGUCCCCUGCCCCCAGGGCAGGCUGGUUGGGCUCUCCCGGCCCUUCUCACCAGCCCGGACCCCUGGACCUGAGAGGCUGCUAAGGUGCCCGAAGCCGGGCUCAGCCCCUCGUCCACGGCCACUGGAGACUCUGGCCCGUGACCCUCGGAGGGGCUGGGCCAGAAGGAGGAGCAGGAGCUCACCAAGGAAGGACCUCACUUUGUGUAUUGAAACCAAAUAGCUUUCGUCUUCAAGAAAUAAAGAUUUUUU